AUGAAUCCAAGAUUAUUCAAAAGAAACAAGUUUUCAGACCUGAUAGCAGCCCGUCACGUGCUAGCAAUCUGGUUAUUCUUUGGAAUGCUGAAUGCAUACACGAUGCGAAAUAAUCUCAGUGUUGCCAUCGUUGCCAUGGUGAAUAGUACAGGACAGGACAGCGAUGCACAGGCCAGUGCAGACGAAUGUGGUAUAAAUGCAACUGACACUGAAGAAGAGGAGACGGGGGAUUUCAACUGGAGUAGUUAUCAACAAGGACUUCUUCUUGGUGCGUUCUACUAUGGUUACACGAUUACACAGAUUCCGGGAGGAUGGCUUGAAAGAAAAUUCGGAGGAACGCGUGUAUAUGGUGGCAGCAUUUUACUGUGUGCCAUAUUUACAAUGCUCACACCGUCCGCAGCGUGGCUUGGUUUUGGAGCCAUUUUCACUUGCAGAUUUCUUUUGGGAUUUUGCCAGGGUGCGGUAUUCCCAGCUCAACAUGGAAUGUGGGGCAAAUGGGCCCCGCCUCUGGAGAGAAGUAGGCUGAUAUCGUUCAGCAGUUCUGGCACAAACUGGGGAAGCAUCAUUGCUAUGUCAUUGUCGGGUGUGCUGUCUGUUACACUGGGAUGGGAAUCUUGUUUUUACGUAUUUGGUUUAUGUGCGCUACUCUGGUGUGUGUUUUGGUUUCUUUUGAUAUGGGAUAAUCCAGAUUCUCAUCCGAGAAUCUUCGAGGAAGAAAGAAGUUACAUCGUAAACUCAAUUAGUACCAACGUGCACAAAUCGGGGUGGCGUGUUCCAUGGUUAGCCAUAGUUAAAUCACCACAGGUAUGGGGUCUUUUGAUCGGUCACUUUUGCAGCAGCUGGGGUAACUACACUCUACUGACGAGUCUUCCGCAAUACAUGGACCAAAUACUUGGCUUUAAUCUGGGAGCGAACGGAAUCAUGUCUUCGUUAUCAUCUCUUGGUAUAUGGACGUUUACAAUAUUUUACGGAUGGUUAGCGGACUAUACCAGACAGAAAUACAUUAUGUCAACAUUGCAAGUUAGGAGAGUACUGACGUGUCUGGGUAUGUUCUUGCCGGCUGUUUUCUUGGUACUAGCAGGGCAAAUCGGAUGUAACCGUGGACUAGCAGUCUUGUUUAUCACCAUCUCUGCUGCUUUCAGUGGAUGUUGUACACCUGCUUUUAAAGUCAACCAUGUAGAGAUUGCACCCAAAUUUGGUGGUGUUUUAUUCGGCAUUACAAACACAGCUGGUAGUAUUUCCGGAGCAUUGGCACCUCUUGUUGUUGGUGUGGCAACCGAGGAGGAGAAUACGCGUGAACAAUGGCAGAAGAUUUUUUUGUUAUCAGCAUUGAUUUACGUCAUUGGUGGAAUUGCUGUUCUGCUAACUUUGAAAGUUAAAGAAUGUGAAUGGGCUAAAGACAAAGAGGCUGGAAAAAGUGACAAAAUGCAUCAGAUAGAUAUGGAUGUAUUUGACAAUGUGGGAAUCAUAAACACUAUUGGUACAAUAGAUGACGAUAUAACAACAUUCCAAACGCACAAGAAGCGUGAUUGA